CGCCUUUUUAGCGCUCGGAGUCCGUCCGUGCGACUGUUCCCAUCGGUCUGACAAUUAGUGAGGAUCUUUGCGGAUUCCAAAACAUCGCCACAUAUCCCUCUUUUCUCGGGUGAUGAAAUUCGUGGAACGCGCCACUACAGUGUGUGUGUGUGUGUGUGAUAUAUUAUUGAUCCCCAUCGGCGACUGAAUCAUCCGUAGAGAGCGAGAUAGAGCAACGAACGACGACCUAAUCGGAUCGGAUCUGUUCCCCCAAGAAUAUAAAACAAAAACUAUUCGAAUUGCGUGGGGCACUUGCACCUGCACCUACAUCAACCCGGCCAAGAUGACGAAGGACCAACAGGCCACGCCCAUACCCGAGGAGCUGUACAAUCUCACUCAACUGGCGGUGGUCACUGUGGCGGCGGGUCCGCUGAUCACCGCCGAGGCGAAGCCGGCAGGUCAGGGUCAGCAGCCUACCGUCUACGCCUCGUCGGACGACGACUCGAACUACUACAGCCACAAGGUGUUCGAUCGCAGGAAACUGCGUCGCUGCACCUUCUCCGACUCGAACUCCUGCACCAGCAGCAGCAGCAGCAGCUCCAGCCACGGUUCCAGCUCUUGCCUGCAGGCGCCUGGAGACCAUCUGGGAGCCGGAAGGGACCCUUUGGAACACGGUCAUCAGGAUCAGGGCGAGGCUCUCAGCUCCUCCUCGCUGCUGGAGGACGACCACAUCUGCCCCGAGUGCGGCAAGAAGUAUUCCACAUCCUCAAACCUAGCGCGCCAUAGACAAACCCACAGGUCAAUCAUGGACAAGAAGGCGCGCCACUGUCCCUACUGCGAGAAGGUGUACGUGUCCAUGCCGGCGUUCUCCAUGCACGUGCGGACCCAUAACCAAGGUUGCGAGUGCCACUUCUGUCACAAGCGCUUCUCGCGGCCCUGGCUCCUCCAGGGUCACAUCCGUACCCACACCGGCGAGAAACCCUUCAAGUGCAGCGUCUGCGAGAAGGCCUUUGCCGAUAAGAGCAACCUGCGCGCCCACAUCCAGACGCACUCCAACACCAAGCCCCACACCUGCGCCCGCUGCGGCAAGGCCUUCGCCCUCAAGUCUUACCUGUACAAGCACGAGGAGUCCUCCUGCAUGAAGAACCGUCCUGGAACCAACGCAGGGUCUGGAUCUGUUGUCCCAGGCUCCGGCGGAAGUCCUGCUCACAGCACACGCCCUCCCACGUCGCCCAAGCGCCAGCAGUCGGAGGCAGAAGUCGUUUCUGGCUCCGGCCAAACAUCAAGAGCCCUGUGUGCUGCUCCUGAUUCGGCCAAGUCCACCCUGGCCAACAAGCUGCUACAGAAGGAGAAGGAUCGCCGGCAGGCGGAACUGGCCUACCAAGGCUAUCCGGCCGGUGUCCCGGACUUGUCCGCCUUCAGCGUGAUCCACUCCUCGUCUGUGCUACCGAAUCGGAUCCACGGCCUCUAUCAGGAGCUGCAUCCCGGCCCCCAUCCGUUGGCCCUGCCCUUGGCCAUGCCCUAUCACUAUCAUCAGCCGCAGACCACACCCACAAACGAAGGCGUCCCCCGAGUUCUUGGCGACUCUGGCCAGGAUCAGCCCGUGGACUUUUCGCCCAAAAACAACUUUACGCACUCGGCCAAGACGAGUCCCUUUGAGCUGACUGGGAACUACGCCAUGGUGGCAUAAUAUAUGGCAAAAGGACGCCAGGCAAAAGACACCUGAGAGAACAAGAAUUCGAGGAGAGAAGCAGGAGGAGGAGACCCACUAAUCCAAGCUACACACUGAACCCACCCGAUCCCAGGCAACUUUCUUACUGUAGUCAACAAAUAUGUGAUAAAAUGCAAAAGAGCUAAAGUACCAUUUUAGAGAGUAGAUGAUUCCAGAGCGACUAGGAGGAGGAGCUGACCCAGAGAGGAAAUCGAAUAAUCCAAAGAAGAUGAGGUUAUACACCGUAGAUAUACAUAUAUGUAGAGACACAAGGUUGGAUCGGUCGAUCCCGAUUGAUCGUAUGAUCUUCACUUAGUUGUAAUGAGACUUCUUAGAGACUUGCCAAGAACAGCGAAAAAACCAAUGUAACCAGUAUUUUUUUAUAGCACAUACGAUACGACACUUACCCUUGCAUUGAUCAUGAUCACUGGGGUUAGGAUCAUGAGAUCGAGAGCCAAGCUACAAACUUUACACGUUCUCCCUACCUUAGCAUUACGGCUUUACAACAACUAGACUCACUCACUCAUUGACUGUACUAACCCCUCAUUAAUCACUACGCAUUAAGGCACUGUGGACCGACUGCUUCCUGCUUCCGGCACGGCAGUCGGUCCAGAACGAGAGAAUUUCUAGUCUUAUCAUUAAAUUCAGCGCAUACUUGGCGGACGGAUCCGGAUCCCCGAGAUCCGAGACCCGAGCUAUCUGCACAUGUUUGCGCGACGUUAUUUUAAGCACUUACGGCCGCAUGUGGUGCAAUAAUUGACAUAACUGUAACACUAAUUAGCAUGUACACCAAACGUAUAUCAUAUAGAAUCUGUAUAUUCAUAUUCGCGAAGAUCGCCCAUUAUUUCGUAGCCAUAUACACAUGUAUGUACUUACCGGGAGACAGACACGCACUGCAUUUUGCACUCUCAGUCCCAACUUCUUACGAAUGGAUCCUACAGCUAAACGGACCAAAGAUACUAUAUAGAUGCAUACGCAUAUAUACCUUUAUAUACCAUAUACACCAAAAG